AUGCAACAGUUUAGACGAGAAACAAGAGCUUCUGAAAAUGCAUAUGAACAUGGUGGAAGCUCUCGUGUCAGUGUUAGUGGGGCUGAAAGGCCAAAAGACAUCUCUUUUUCUUUGAGAUCUACUAAUAUUGAUCUUGUUAGGAGGCAAAGUAUGAAGCAACCAAGAGCUCGUAAAGGAUUUUUGAAGACUCGGAGAGGCUUGGGAAAAGCCAAAUGCCCAACUCCUUAUGAAAUCUCAAAUGUUUACUUAGAAGCUGAAUAUAAGGAAAUGUUAGAGUGGAUAAAUAGUAUGAAAAAAACCCGGCAAGAAAGAGGAGCAACAAUAAUGUGUGAUGGUUGGACAGACAGUAUCAACCAUACUCAUAUUAUGAAUUUCUUGGUAUAUUGUCAUAAAGUUGUGGAAGAAGUGGGUGAAGAGUAUGUAGCUCAAGUGGUAACAGACAAUGAAGCCGCAUUAAAAGCAGCUGGUCAAAAGCUUAUGGAGAAGAGGCCACAUUUAUAUUGGUCUUUUUGUGCAGCUCAUUGUUUAGAUCUUUGCUUGGAGGAUAUAGGAAAAAUGAAAAACAUACAUAAUUUAUUAAGUGAAGAAAAAAUGGUGACAACCUUCAUCUAUAACCACACAUAUAUUGUGAGUCUCAUGAAAAAAUAUACAGGUGGUAGAGAUAUUGUUCGUCCUGGUGUUACCCGAUUUGCAACACAAUUUCUACAACUUCAAGUUAUUGUGAGACAAAAAGAAGGUCUUGAAAACAUGUUCAAUUCUGAAGAAUUUAGAAAAGCAAAAUAUGGUAAAGAAAAGAAAGAACCAGGAUAUGAAGCAAGGAAAAUUGUUAUGAGUAGGGACUUUUGGAGUAAGGUUAAUGAUAUAUUGAAAGUAUUUGAGCCAAUUGUAAAAGUUUUGAGACUAGUUGAGGGUGAUGAGAAACCAACAAUGGGUUUCAUAUAUGAAGCCAUUGAUCGAGCAAAACAAGCAAUUCAACAAAACUCUUGUUAUCAUUCCAAAUAUAAUGGUAUCAUUGACAAGUGUUGGAAAUUCAUGCAUUCUGAUCUUCAUUCUGCUGGUUAUUUUCUUAAUCCGCAAUUUCAAUAUGGAAUUGAACAUGGAAAAGUUGUGUAUAAAGAAACAUUUAAUGGAACAACUAAUGUAAUCAUGAAGAUAGAAAGAAACAUGGAUGAUCAAAUCAAAGCUUUAAACCAACUAACACUUUUUAGAGAAAAGAGUGAAACUUUUGAUACACCUCUAGCUCAAAAAUCUUGGUCUAAAAUGGAUGCAGCCCAAUGGUGGGAAUACCAUAGUUCAAGUGCUCCUGAACUUCAACGUUUGGCUAUGAAAGUUGUUAGUCAAACAACCUCUGCCACAACCUGUGAGAGAAAUUGGAGUACAUUUAGCUAUAUCCAUACAAAGACAAGAAACAGAUUCAAAUUCGUUAUCUCAUUGGAUAGAAGAGAGGGAAAAUCCAUUAUUGGAUGGAGUUCAAAAUGCAUAGUGGUUGAAACUAAUGAAAGUGGUGGUGGUUUAAGUCCACCAAGCAGUAAUAGUGGUGAUGGGGGUGGUAAUGAAGUGGAUAAUGAAGGUGAAAGUGGGAGUGAAGGUGGUGAUGAUGAAGGAGAAGAUGAUGAACUUGAUCCAUAUCAUGAAACACCACCAAAUUAUAGGCAUUAUAGGAACUUAACUGAUAUGGAUCGUUCUGACAACUUGCUAAUUAAGACAAGAGGAAAUGUGUCACAAUCUGGAAGAAAGGGGAAAAGGAAACAAAAUCUUCCACUUGAAGAUUCUUCCUUUUCUAGUAUUGCUCAUAUUUUAGUGAUUUUGGGAUUGGGAGCUCCACAAGAUGAUAGUCAGAGUAAAAAUACAAGUUAUGCUCCUUCACUUUGUAGCGGUGUUAUUGAGGAACUGUUGCAGGAGAAAUCGUGA